AUGUUGUCCGGCCGUGCAGAUUUGCUGGACAGAGAAGACCUGAGCCUGGGCCACGGCCCCCUGCCCACCCCUGCUGCCCCAGCAGCCCGACUCCUCCUGGGGCCAACAGCCAGAGGCUCCCCAGUUUUUGGCAAAGUUCCCCCAUGGCCGACGCUGGGCUCCCAGGCCGAGGCGGCACGGGGCCGACACGGCACAGGCUGGGCAAACCUGCUGGCUGCGUGCAGACCCGAGUGCUCAGAAAACGUGCGGCGACGGACUCCGACCGGCAUCGUGCAUGGGCCUCGGCGCCCAGACUCGGAACAGCAGCGGAUGGGGAGGUCUACCAGCUGGUCCCUGGAAGCAGAGCUGGCCCCCGCCCACAUCCUGGAGCAGGUGGGCGGGAGCAGUUCCCACGUGGCGCUGGCCUCAGCAGGAGGCCGGGAGGCCAGUCCUGCCGUGGCGUCCUGGGGCCAGGCUCCCCUGGGCCCCCAGGAUGUGGGCCUCUGGGCCUUCGAGGCCCGGAGGGAUGAGAACCUGACCUUCCGGGCGGGGGAUCUGUUCCACGUGGCCGGGAAGGAGGAGGAGUGGCGGGCCACGCCGCUGGAUGCGGAGGGCAGGCCGCUGACCGAGGGCUACGUGCCCCACAACGACCUGGCCGAGAAGGAGACGGUAGAGUCUGAGCUGUGGCUCUUUGGGCCCAUCUCCCGCUUGGAAGCGCAGCAUUGCCUGCAAACUGAGGGCAGUGUGGUGGCCUUCCUGGUCAGGGUCAGCAAGAAGCCGGGCGCCGACUACGCUCUCUCAGUGCGGCACAGGCAGGCCGUGAGGCAUUACGGGGUCUGGCGUCGCGCCGGCCGGCUGCACGGCAGCGAGGCCGCGUCCUACCCCAGCCUGGCGGAGCUCCUGGGGCAACACAAAGGCCAGAGCCUGUCCCACGGGCUGCCGCUGACUGUGCCCUGCCGGAAGCCCGAGCCCGACCCCCCGCCGCACUGGGCGGACUGGCAGAGACCGCACGAGCUCUGCAGGAAGCUGGGCUCUGGGUGCUUCGGGGAGGUCUUCAACGGGGUCUGGAAGGACCGGGUCCGAGUGGCCAUUAAGGUAAUCGCUCGAGACAACCUCCUGCACCAGCACACCUUCCAGGCGGAGAUCCAGGCCAUGAAGAAGCUUCAGCACAAGCACAUCCUGGCGCUGUGUGCCGUGGCAUCUGUGGGGGACCCCGUGUACAUCGUCCCGGAGCUCUUGGCCAAAGGGAGCCUGCUGGAGCUGCUGCGGGACUCCGAGAAGUCCCUGCCCGUCUCAGAGCUGGUGGACAUUGCCUCCCGGGUGGCCGAGGGCAUGUGCUACGUGCAGUCACAGAACUACGCCCGGGACCUGGCCCCCAGGAACAUCCUUGUGGGCGCCCACAACGUCUGCAAAGUGGGUGACUUUGGGCUAGCCAGGUUCAUCCAGGUAGGGCCCAGGGUGGGAGGCGGGGGUGCAGGGUGUCCUCUGUGCCUGGAGCUGGGGUGUCCAGGGCUUGCCUGCCUUCAGCCUCGGGGACGCCGGAGGGCGAGGUACAGGGCUCCGGGGCCAAGCUAUGUCUGGUCCUUCGGGAUUCUCCUUCAGGAGACUUUCAGUCAGGGUCCGAUACCCUAUGCAGGCACGUCCAGCCAUGAGGCCUUCCAGAGGAUGGAGUCAGGCUACCGCAUGCCCUGCCCCCCGGAGUGCCCGGCCGCCGCCGCACACAAGCUAAUGCUCUCAUGCUGGUACAGGGACCCCAAGCACCGGCCCUGCUUCCAAGCCAUACGGGAGAAGCUCUCCAGUGUCAGCACGUACGAGAACCCGCUCUGA